AUGUUUGGGCUCACAGGAGGGCAGCAAAGUCAUGAGCCACAAGUGCUUGAUGCAAGACAGCUUACUCAUCAUACUCAUCCAUUUUUCUCUGUUGAGGGUUGGCACAAUGUUCGCUUUAGAAUGCUAGGAAGUUGGGCUGGGGUGGCAUUUGACCACCCAGGAAGCAAAGAUUCAGACUUGAUAGUUGCUAACAUCAACACCUUGGAACGAUUUGACAGUACAAAUUGUAGCCUCGUGUACUUGUCCAAACCUGAAAACCAGUCAUCUGACAACUUGCAAUUGUCGACACCUCAACUGCUUUUGCAGACAAGCACAGCCGCAUACCUUUGGACUGUCCCCUUCCCUUUCAUCUGUCAAAAAAGAAAGAGAAAGAACACGAUAAAAAAAAACAGACAGACAGACAGACAGACAGGAAGGAAGGAAGGAAGGAAAGAAAGAAAGCAAGGAAAAGAACAGAACAGACCAGAAAAACGAACUGCUCAUAUUCCAAGGGCAAGUGUGAGGAAAAGGUGA